AUGUCCGCCGACCGCCUGGGUCUGAGACACGCCGCACGUCCGAAAGCUGGCCAUUCCAGGGCGGGCGAUAGGCGACCCCUCUCGAAGACAGGCCGCCCUAAGACCUCGAUGUUACAGGUCACCCCAAGGCCAGCAAACCCUGCCUGCACACCGUCAGUGACGGAUAACAGACAGCCUUUACAUGAAGCGUCUCCGGACCGCCUCAUUCCAACUGUAGGCGACAAAUCACCACCCAAAGGCCGUCUUGCCUUGUAUAAGGUGGAGCUCAGCAUUCACCACACCCGCACCAGCUUCGACUCCUCGACUUCGUUUGAGCAUUCACCCGGCAUUUAA